GGGCCGCGGGGGCCAUUGGGAGGGCUGGAAGCUGCGGGUCCGGUGCGAGGUAACCGUAAAAAAUCCCGGAAAUUUCGUGUUUGCUGCUGGUGCAUCGUUAUAAUGCUACUACGUUAGCAUAAUGACUUGAGGACUCAGUGGGUAUUUAUAUACGUUUACUGUAUAUAGCGACAGGGAGUGCCUGUACUGUAAUACACACAUGAGGAGGGCACACCGAGGCCUCAACGGGAUGGGAGACAGUCGGGGUGAGUGGGGAGUAUGCCAGAGCCCAGACACAUCAUCUCUCAGCCCCCCUUUAGGACGUUCCUUUAGUGACACCCCUCCACCCCGUUCUGCCCCUUUACAUCCUUCCAUGGUUGGAUCUGCGAUGACCUCAUCUGUCAACUCCCCACUUGGUAGCAUUGGGUCUCCUUUUCCUGUUAUCAAUUGUUCUGUUGGGUCUCCUGGCAUUCCUGGAACUCCUUCAAUUGGCUAUGGACCUGUCAGCAGUCCUCAGAUUAAUUCCACUGUGAAUCUGUCUGGCCUACAUUCUGUUAGUUCCUCUGAGGACGUGAAGCCUCCACUUGGGAUGAGGAGUAUGCCAAGUCAUCCCAAUGGAGGGGCAGUCAGUGGAAAGAGGCUGUGUGCAAUCUGUGGGGACCGCUCUUCAGGCAAGCAUUAUGGAGUUUACAGCUGUGAGGGAUGUAAAGGAUUCUUCAAACGUACAAUUCGUAAGGACCUGACCUACACAUGUAGAGACAGCAAAGAUUGUAUUGUAGAUAAGAGGCAGAGAAACCGCUGUCAGUAUUGCAGAUAUCAGAAAUGCCUUGCUACUGGGAUGAAGAGAGAAGCGGUACAAGAGGAGCGUCAGCGGGGAAAGGAGCGUGAUGGAGAAGCAGAGUUAAGUGGAGCAAUAAAUGAGGAGAUGCCCGUGGAGAAAAUAUUGGAAGCAGAACUAGCAGUAGAACAGAAAAGUGACCAGAGCCUUGAGGGAGGCGGAUCACCGAGUGAUCCAGUCACUAAUAUAUGCCAGGCUGCUGACAAACAGCUCUUUACUCUUGUUGAAUGGGCCAAAAGGAUCCCUCACUUCUCUGAGCUGGCUUUGGAUGAUCAGGUCAUUCUGCUAAGGGCUGGAUGGAAUGAGCUUCUUAUAGCUUCUUUUUCUCAUCGCUCAAUCUCUGUUAAAGAUGGAAUCUUACUUGCCACUGGUCUUCAUGUUCAUAGGAAUAGUGCACACAGUGCAGGCGUGGGGGCCAUAUUUGACAGGGUCCUAACUGAGUUGGUAUCAAAGAUGAGAGACAUGCGCAUGGACAAAACAGAACUUGGCUGCCUCAGAGCAAUCAUAUUGUUUAACCCAGAUGCCAAGGGUUUAUCUAACCCAGGGGAUGUGGAAGUUUUGCGGGAGAAAGUAUAUGCUUCUUUGGAAUCCUACUGUAAACAGAAAUAUCCAGAUCAGCAGGGAAGGUUUGCCAAGUUACUUCUGCGUCUACCAGCCCUGCGAUCCAUUGGUCUGAAAUGUCUUGAACAUCUAUUCUUUUUUAAACUUAUUGGAGACACUCCAAUAGACACAUUUCUGAUGGAGAUGUUAGAGGCACCACACCAGCUAUCUUGAGAUCCUGAUGGAACCAGCAACAGACUGCUGCUACACCCCCAUAGACUGCUUCUGGAACACUCCACUAGACAGCCUCCAGAUGGAGAUGCUAGACCGCAGCUGUCCAGACUGUUUGCAGAUGUUGGAUUGACUUUUCUUGAUAAACUUUCCUCAGAGACUGCUUCCUUUUCAAGAUGGUAGACAUGCAUAUUCAGGGGUACUGAGGCAGUAAGCCUCUCUAGAGACAGACUGCCGCACAGAGGUCUCUGCAGAAUACAUUUUGGCUUUCAUUUAGAAAUGCUCACUGAUGCCAGAAAGAGUGCCAGAGAUUUUACCUUUCAUUUUGAGAGACACUCCUAUGCAAUACCCGUCAUUAUUCUGCUUAAUAGAGCACCAUGGACAAUUCACCACAGGACAUCUCUUAACAGGAAUCGCAUGCUGUAUCCAGUCUUAAUUGCCCUAGAGACAUUUAGGAUUUUGGACACUCCCGAGAGAGUUAAACUCUAUGAUGGAGGUUAAAGUAAUCCUACAGCUAAAACAUUUUGCAACUACCAGUUAACUUGCAUGGGAAAAACACUUCAAACUGUGUGACAGAGCAUUAAUCUUUGUCAUAACAGGACGGUGGACAAGGCGAGUCCUGAUUAAUCAAUGGGCUUUAUUGAUGCAGUAUAAUAUAGCCUUUUCACUCUGCUCCCUGAUUUAGUGGUAUUCUAUAAUCAUAACUGCACUUCUUGGGAUAUAGGGAAGGCGAUUGUGUGUUAACAAACUGGGAAGUGGAACGUCUAUAUAAUCAUCUCGAGACCCCUCAUUAAGAUUUCUAAGCAACAGUGAAUGUUCUGCUUUUUGGGAUGCCUUGAAGGGAAACAUGGGGGGUUCUUUACCCAUAAAUUUUAUCCUUUGGUGAGAUCAAUAGUUUUUGGGGUGACUGUCCAUGUUGCUUUAACCAAUUGUCAUUUUAUGUUUGCUUUAAUUUGAAAGAACGAUUACAUUGCACAGGAUUUUUUAAGGUGUUGUUUAAUGUUGAUAUUUGGCAUUUUAUCAGUUGUUCGAGUUAAUACGUAGGGCAGAUAUUCACAACGCGUUGGGCUGGCCCGGUGUUUAAAGCAGAGGGUAGGGGAGAGAUUAGGGGUGCAUGCUGGUUUGCUGUUUUGGAUACCUCUGGAAUUCUAGCAAGAUUGCUCUUACUGCAACAUUUUCAUAUAGCUGUAUCCUUGUUAUGCGCUAAAAGCCCCCUCACAAAGGUUGGACUACAGAUGUUGGGGCUUUAACCCAACAAAAUCUAAAAACCUCUGUACGGUGUGUUUUUCAGAAAGCUUCUUCCCUACAAGAUUUGUUAUUUCUAGGGUAGGGGUUGGAGGAUGGUCCGUUCUAAAAUUGUCUGGGUUUAUUUUACUUCCUGCAGACUUACUCGUUGGGUAUCUCUUAAUAGUGAGGGGUUUUUUUUUUUUAAUUUUUAUUUUCCUUUCAGAAAUGUCUGCUGCUAGAGAUAACAUUUUUUACAAUGCACCUUUUAGUUUCUAUGUACAUGUUGUACUCUUUCUAUGCCCUCUCUCCAUCAUUCUAUGCACAUAUAGCCAUUUUCUGAUGGUUUUCCAUAUCAGACUUGUAUAUAUCAGCACAUGCCUGCUGUACAGUUCAUAGCUAUAUACACACAGUUCCACCAGCCCUCAACAUGAUGCAGAUUCUCAGUCAUUCAACAGGCUUCAUAUACUGAAAUUCCCUGUGCCCUGCCUCCUUCCUAAUUCCCAUUGCUUGGAAUGAACAUUAAAGACAACUAAGCUCA